AUGGGCUUCCGGACGUACGCCUUCGUCUAUGUCUUCGGCGGCCUGACAUUCCUCCCACUACUGUUCGCCGCAGUAUUCCUAGCAGCAUGGAAACUGUUACCACGCGUCGUAGAGCAGAGCAAGACGGGCGCAGGUGACGAUGAGGUCUUCAAGCUGGACGCCAAGAGCGAGGAGUUGGCCAGGAGGGCAAAGGAAGACAGAGAACGGCAAGAGUCCAUUGGAGAUGCAGCAGCGAGUGGGACCUUUGCUGUGCUCAGGCGGUAUGACUUUCAGGCCGCGAUUGGAGCCAUAAAUGCGCGCAACAAUGCUGGAAAUACGGCCAGCACCACAAAUGUUGCAGCUGAUGCUACAACGCCCGGAGAUGGCAGCUCCGGGUCAACGGGAGAAUCAGUCUACCAGAGCAUGUAUCGAUCCGUCUUCGCUGGCAGGCAGAACAACGGCAGCACGAAUUCACUGUUGCACACCGAUGAGACUCUGCGGAAGCCAGUCCCUGCAAGUGUUGUGUAUAUUGUCCUCAGGCAUGGUCAUCUGAUGCUGUACGAUUCGCCAGCCCGCGUGGAAGUCAAGCAUGUACUCAGCUUGGCUCACCACAAAGUCACUCUGCAGGCAGGAAAAGAUGGCGAUGAUGCGGACGAGAAGAUGAUCCCAGAGGCUGAUCUGUUCAUCAAGCGCACAGCUAUUGUACUGACGCCCGUCGAGCUCCCCAAUGGCGCAUUGCAGCAGCAGAAUGCGCAAACACCCCCAAAGCCGUUCUACCUCUUCUCUGCUACCAACAUCGAAAAGGAAGAUUUCUACCAUGCCUUACUCUAUGCUCGCUCGAAGCCGCCGACCCCGCGACCGCUGGACUCAGAUGCCCUGAUCAAGCUGCAGUCAAUGUUGCACUCCUCUUCGCUAACAUCAGAAACACGAGCGCUGAACGCACUCCUUGGUCGCGUCUUUCUUGGGGUCCACCAUGGCGAGCGUCUAGUUGACUUUGUUCGGGCGAAGAUCGAACGAAAGCUGAAUCGUAUCCAAAAGCCAAACUUCAUCACCUCCCUGAGGCUGCGAAGUCUGGAUCUGGGCGAUGCCGGUCCUGUCUUCACAAAUCUCAAAUUGCGGGACCUGAACAUCUCUGGUGAUACCACCAUCAGUGCUGAUAUGCGCUACAAUGGGGGGUUGUCGAUCACUCUGCUGGCUGUUGCAAAGCUGGACUUGGGACAGAGGUUCAAAACCAGGACGGUCGACCUGGUGUUGAAGACAUCGCUCAAACGAGUGCAAGGCACGAUGCUCUUGCACAUCAAGCCUCCACCAUCCAACAGACUAUGGUUCACCUUUGAGACUAUGCCCGAGCUUGAGAUUCGCGUUGAACCUGUGGUCAGCGAACGCAAAAUCACUUACGGCUUCGUGCUGCGGGCGAUCGAGGAAAGGGUUCGAAGUGCCAUUGCUGAGGGGCUGGUCAAACCGAACUGGGAUGAUGUUCCAUUCCCCAUGCAGGAUACACGCGGCUCAUCCACUCGUGGAGGAUCGUGGUCUGAUGUAGGACAGGAGGAGCAUGUUCCCUCUGCAUUCGACUCAGCGAAGUUCUUGGCCGAGCGCAAUGAGAAGACCAUGUCAGUACCAGAGUUUCAGCAAGAACCGGAUACUGCCACUUCCACAAGUCUCUGGUCCAAUUCUGAGCUCAACGUCGGGAGGCUGAGACAUGCUUCGACGAUGCCUCCCAAUGCGUUGAACAGUCCGUCACAGAACUCAAACUCAACUCAGGAUGGUCGUUCAGCUGCGCAGAACGUUGCUCGUGCGGCACAGAGCACAGCGCGGCCACCAAAACCCCUGCGCUCACCCUCCAUAUCCUCUUCGGCGCCAAGUGUCGCUAUCGACGGCCAGACGGUCGAGCCUGUGCGGUCCGAUGAUCCGGCACUUAGGCCUACAUCUUCGGGGAGAGGAAAGAUUUGGCGACCGCGAAAUAAUCAGCCGCCACAACAGAAGGAUGCCCUUGACGAGCUGCGAGACCUUCGAGACCGUGCUAAGCAGGCGGUCGCCAAUCCAUCCUCCCUUACUACUAGCGAUAGCGAAGACGGCAGUCGCACUGAUAAGAAAGCCUCGCUCACUGACGCCGACGAAUCAGAUGAUACGCCUCUUCGCAGCCGUCAGGAGUCGGCCAGCUCAGAGUCGACAAUUGGAACAACUCCACGCGCCUUCUCGCUUCGUAGCACAGAUUCGGAGCGAUCUGCUAUGACUUCUUCGGCCUCGUCUUCACGAAGCCAACAGACACAGCAACGCAAAGCCAAUCUCAUAGCAGCUGCUGGCGCUGCGACCAAUGCUGCAAAGAACUGGGGCUGGAAUGCUAUCCAGAGGAACAAGGCUGCAUUUCCGCGUACUCCACCCAAGCCCGAACCAGGGUCGCAGUCUUCGAAAGAGCCGAUGGGAAGAGGACAACCGCUGCCGCCACCUGGACAGCCUUUACCUGGUCCUCAGAAGGGCAUAUGGGGCACGGUCGGUAAUAUGAGACGCAAGCCGGUGCCCAAUUUGCCAGCUCGUGGGCCUGGGGCGGGAGCAUCUCACACGGAUGCCGAUGGAAGCUCAAGUGCAAAAGCGUCGAGUCCUCCGAUCGGCAGGGGAGGAGACGAUGGUAUCCGGGUCACAGCCAUGGAAGAUGAGUUCGGAACGUGGCAAGAGAACGUAGUCGGAGAUGGUGGAGAUACCGUGGAGACUGAGGUCAACCCUCGUGAGCCGACGUCAACCGCCGACAACAAGGCAACCAAGGCGGACGAGCCCUCCAGUGCCAAUGCAUCCGAAGAAGAUUUGUUGGACCUGGGCCACGAUGACUUCAGCUCGCAGUCGCAAAAGCCAGCAACACCGAAUCCCUCGACAGACAGUACUCGCAAAGCUCCUCCACCACUGCCUGCAAGGCGGCGCGAAAAUGCUGCAAGUCAAGCAUCAGCCCCCGCUGCUUCCAAGAUCGAGGCUACGGUGGCCACGAGUAAAGCAGAAGACAGCGACGACAGCGAAUCCGUUCCACUGAAAGUCCCCGAAAACACAGCUUCUGCGAUAGCAAGAGAAAACUUGACCACAGACCUCGCCCACGGCAGCACUGACGACGCCGCUCAUGUCGACGAACAAAGAGGUGUUGAUGCUGAGGUGCUUCCUGAUCAAGAUCUUGACGCAUUGCGGUCAAAGGGAAGCCACGAACAGGGGUCCAAGGGCCACCCUAGCCGUGAGGACCUUACACUGAGGCGGACCGACACUGACGAGCGCUUUCUUCGUGGCGAGAAUUUUCACGUGGAGGACUUUGAGGACGAGCAAGAUGUCAAAAGGUCACCAGCAACGCUGCCACAGCCACAGGACAAGGCACAGGACAGCGCGACAUCGCAUUUGGCUGGUAUGUCUGUUCCCAUGAACGUGGCUGAGGAUGAUGACUUGGCCAGACGGAUCAAAGCACAAGUCGAGAAGUAUUCGCAAGCUCCGGCUGAGACUUCGUCUAAACACGCACGUGUAGAAUCUGAUAUUACACCUGCGACGGGUUGGUAG